UUUCGUCAAGAUGCCAAUGAUGUUAUGCAAUUGCUGUUGAAAGCGCAGACAGAUGCCAAUGAAAUGGAAGACGAUGACCCACAGAUCUCUUUCAUGAUAUCAGCUUGGGCCAGGAUGUGUAAAUUACUGGGCACUGAUUUCCAGGCAUAUUUACCUGUAGUUAUGGGUCCUUUGAUGAAGACCGCAUCAAUCAAACCAGAGGUAGCGCUUGUAGACAUUAUCAUCCCCAAAAAGUAUUACUUCGUUGAACUUGUGCGAUUAUCGGCAGCCGAAUCUUUACCAUAUUUAUUAGAAUGUGCCAAAAUUAAAGGGGACGAUUACCUUGCACAAAUGUGGAGUUACAUCUUACCCGAAGUCCUGAAAGCCAUCCAAACAGAACCCGAAAGUGACGUUCUUGUACAACAUAUGGAUUCAUUCGCCAAGUGUGUGGAAUUUUUAGGCAAAGGUUGCCUUGACGAGACCCAACUUGCUACCUUAGCCAAACUUAUGGGAGAUAUUUUAGACCAACAUUUCAAAAGACAUGCAGAUAGGCAAGAACAAAGAAAAGAUGAAGAUUAUGAUGAAGUUGUCGAAGAAAAUUUACAAGAUGAGUCCGCAGAUAGGCCAUGGGCUGAUCAUCAGUGGGCCAUUUGCAUAUUUGACGAUCUUCUGGAAUACUGUGGACCAGUGAAGGCCAUAUCAUUUCUUACACGAGUCAUACAAGAUCCGCAAUCCAGGGAACCAGAAAACGUCAAUGCUACAGAAAAUGCCAUUUCUGCUGUCACCAAAAUAAUGAAGCACAACCAUGGUAACAUCAAUGUUGAAGAACUCCUGCCUCAUUGGUUGUCGUGGUUACCAGUUGUUGAAGACAAAGAGGAGUGUAUACAUAUUUACAGUUACUUUUGUGAUCUUAUUGAAAGUAACAACGUGCAGAUUCUUGGUGCAAAUAAUAGCAAUUCUAGUCGGAUUUUAGCAAUUAUUGCAGAAGUGUUUUUAAAAGAUGCUACAUGUGAGGACAAUGAGCUGACGCAGAGAUUGAUCAAUAUUGUCAGACAAAUACAGAGCAAUGCUGAACUAUGGAAUGUUUGUACGAGUCAGUUAUCUGAAGACCAGAAACAGUCUUUAGCAACUGCCCUUCAAAUGGCUCAGUGA